AUGGUAAACUUCUGUGGGGUUUUUGGUUGCGGAAACCGUGCGGGCAGAGACUGUGCAUUUUCCUUCUUCAGACUUCCAACAGUUCGUUUGUCACAAGGAGAACAGACCCACGAAUUGUCAGACGAACGGAGACGAGUGUGGCUUUCGAACAUUGGACGGGUCGAUAUAAAACCAUCAAGUUACCCAUAUUUUCGCAUCUGUUCUUUGCAUUUUAUAAAUGGUAAACCUUCAGCCCUUUAUGACAAGACUAAUCCAGAUUGGGCACCAACAUUACAUCUUGGUCAUGAUAAAUUUAAAUUGACCACAGGAAAAGAAAAUUCUUCUCGACAUGAACGGAUCAUUGGCCGCACCACAAAACGGAAAAGGACUGAAGCAGCUCAGUCCCUACUAUCUCUCCAAGACGUGAUAGUUGAAGACCAGUCCACCGAAGUUGAACCAUCUGACGACACCACUACAAAGGAAAGCCAAACAUCAACUACUGGUGAUCAACUUGUGUCAAUGGAAGAGGAAAUGAGAAGACUCACAGUUGAAAAUAUUGAUUUGAAAUGUGAGUUGGCUUCCAUGAAACUAACUGAAGAAGGGUUGAAAGGCAAUGAUGAGAAAGUUAACUUUAUGACUGGACUGCCAACUCAUCACAUUCUAAUGCAACUUCUGGAAUACAUUUCAAUACAUCAAAAUGUCACACCCAGAUCAGCAUUAUCUGGAUUUCAACAGCUAUUGCUUACACUGAUGAAACUUAGGUUAAAUGUUACAAAUGUACUUUUAGGGUUUAUUUUUAAUAUUGAUAAGACAACAGUCUCAAGAACCUUUUUAAAUACAAUUGAUAUUUUACAUGUUAUGCUUCAACCACUUAUCAAUUGGCCAGGACGUGAUGAAUUGAAGAAGACAAUGCCUAUGGAAUUCCGUCGUUACUUAGAAUCUAAAGUUGUUGUCAUAAUAGACUGUUUUGAGGUUUUCAUUGACACACCUUCCAAUCUGGAGGCAAGGGCCCUUACUUGGUCAACAUACAAGCACCACAAUACUGUUAAAUUUCUUAUUGGAAUUACACCACAGGGAACAGUUUCCUUCAUUUCAAGAGCCUGGGGUGGUCGAGUCAGUGAUAAGUUCUUGACUGAACACUGUGGAUUUCUCAAUAAACUUCUGCCUGGUGAUGUUAUUUUAGCUGACAGAGGAUUCGACAUCGCUGAUAGUGUUGGACUUAUGAUGGCAACUAUAAAAAUGCCCGCAUUCACUAAAGGGAAAACUCAGAUGCCUGCAUUGGAACUGGAAAAAUCACGUAAAAUUGCCCAUCUUCGAAUUCAUGUAGAGCGUGUUAUUGGAUUGUUGAGGCAGAAAUACACUUUACUUGCUGAAACUCUUCCAAUAGAUUAUUUGAUUGUCAAGGAUGGUAAAGAUGUUACCACUGUCGACAAAAUUGCUGUUGUUUGCUGUGCUUUAAUUAAUUUGAAUGGGCCGAUUGUUCCAUCUGAUUAAAAACACUUGCUUUACCACAAUUUGGAAUCCUGCAAAAACCUAUUCAACUGCAGCCAUACUUAUUUGGUGUACAUGUACAUUUCUGCUAUAACAGUUAACAAAUGUUUACAUGUAUGUGAAGCAACAAGAUGUGUGACCUAAAUGUACAUGUUGUACUCCACAAAACCUAUCCUGAACAUCUUUAUAAAAAAAAGCAUAUUACAAAUAUUGAGGCUAUAACUCUAGUUAUCAGCAGUGAGACAGUAUUUAGAAAUUAAAUGUGGACAAAACCAAAACAUGUCUGUAGUUUUUCAUUAAUAUUGAAAUCCAAGCUACACUGAUGAGUCCUGGAGGGACGAAACAUGUUUCUCUGUUAAAGACACACAAGUGUUCUAUCGAGUUAACUGAAAUAAUAUGGUGAGAACAUCUAUUAGUACAUGUAUGAGCCACAGACUAAAAAAAAAAAUGUGGCACACUUGGGAAAGAAACAUGAUAUUCUAAUCCAAAUGACUCCCCAUUGUUCAGCUAUAUAUAUAGCUAAUUUUUUCUCUUUAACACCAAUGGGGGGGGGGGGGGGGGAUUGUUUUAUUUAACAAUACUCUCAACACAUUUUACUUGUGAUUAUACUGGCAUUGAUGUACGGUAUUGUUAAAAUAAAAUAUUUUAUGUGAACUUUCCCAUAGACAGGACACUACAUACCUCAGUCAACUAAAUAAAACUUUACUACAAAUUUAGCAUUUUUGUGUUUAAAUUUGUAUAAUUUAUUUUCUCCAGAUUAACAAAUGGUCAGUUAUACUUUAUUCAUGAAUAUCAAUAAAUGAAAUACAUGUGUAUAUUUAAAUGUUUAGUAGUUUGGAAUUUAAUACAUAUAGUAUGUACAUUGGUCAUCUAUCUACAUGUUUCUAUCAGUUAAUUGUUCAUACUGCACAUCAUCAGUUUGUGUGACCCAAGUGUCCUGACCUUACUUAUAAGUAAACUUUUUAAAUGUUCAAUGGCCAAUUUGUGUCUAGCAUAUGGUUAUUUCAACACUAUGUCAAAACAGCUACAGUGAAUACUUUGCCACUACAUAAGUUAAAACAUGUUUCGUCCCUCCAGGACUCUUCAGUGUAGCUUGGAUUUCCAUAUUAAUGGAAAACUACAGACAUGUUUUGGUUUUGUCCACAUAUAAUGUUAUUAAUGUUAACAUUUCAGUUUAAUAAUGUUAUUUCUGUUAUCCCUUUAUCAUUCAUGAUUUUCUCCUUGUUCAUUAUCGCUUCACCAUUCUUGAUUUCCUCCUGUCUUUUCUGCAUUCAGGGCAGUACCACUUGCCUUUAGGUUCUGUCAAUAUACCUACACACCCAUAGUGGAACCAAUGAAUGGGGCAGUUCUGACCGUCGCAAGCAACCAUGUCUCCAAAUUCUUCCUUUUUGCAGAAACACCACACUUCGGCAAUCUCAGCUUGAGGGCUUGCUUUCUUUUGCUGAUUUGUGUGGUCAAGUAGAGGCAUCCGUGAAUAAUAUUUCGCAAGCAACUCUGGCAGAAUUCCAACUUGAAAAAUGAAUAGAACUGCUUGUGUAGUAUCUGGCCAGAAUGUCUCCUCUUUGUAAAUCCUUUCGCAGUGAUAGGAUUUGGUUGUCCAGAGAUAAAAGUCUCCAUACGUUCGUCCACAAACAAACAGCUGACACUGAACUUGGUAAAAGUAUUCAUGUUUUCUGUCCAACAUCCAUUUACCUUCCUCAUUAAAAACCAAACACAUUUCUUCAGAUUUAACAUUUUGAAGAUCUCUGUCUCUGAUGAGAUACGGGCAUUUUAUUUCUAAGCAACCAUCACCACAACAGUCA